AUGUCAGGCGGCUAUGCCUCCCGGUUCGUGGAUGUGUCCACCGCACUCUCUACGCAGGGCAAAGUAAGUGUCAUUGGCGUCGUAGUCGACGUCUUCGGCGGAAUAUGGAAGUCUAGAGGCUCGUCCAGCUGUAUUACCUUCACCAUCAAGGACUCAGGUCUUGACAACGGACAUACAUGGGACGGGUUGAAAAUCAAAUAUUUCAAAGACAAUGAGAGCCAUUUACCUCCCGUCCAACUACGCGACGUGAUCCUGAUACGAGAUCUGUGGAUAAGGAACUUCAAAGGAGACCCGUUGGGAGUCGCUGCCCAGGACAGAGAAGUACCAUGGGCAAUCUUUCGCCUGGACCCGGAUCCCACGUCUAGCCCUGCGCCCCUUUGUGGCCCUACGCACUUUGAGCCAUCUCCUUCAGAGAAGAUACAUGCUUUGAAUUUGUUGAAUAGCCUCACUGCAGUCGAUGGUUUUCGCAAAGCUCCAGCACAAGAUACUCCACGUGGCUCCUAUAUUGUCCAGGCUGCAAUUCCAAAUUCCAAACCUUACCCGCACAAGAGGCUUUCUCUUGUCAAGGAUAUUGUAGAGCGAAAUUAUGUUGACCUCGUGGGGCAAAUUGUCAAGGUCUAUACCAACGACAGUGAAAAGGUCGUCCUCUAUUUCACCGAUUACACGGCCAACGAUGGUCUCGAAGACCGCCAAAUAAACGAUGCCGGUGACAAUGACUUUGGCACUGAAGGAGAUAUCUACGGUUACCAAAAACGACCCAAGAAGAAAUGGACAGGACCAGUUGGACGGAUGACCCUCACAAUCACACUCUGGGAACCCCAUGCAUCCUAUGCGCGCCAACAUCUGAAGGAUAACGAUCUCAUCCAGCUAUACAAUGUGCAUGUCAAGCGCAGUCGCAUCAAUGGGAUAUUAGAAGCCAGUAUCCACACAAACCGCACGAAUCCAAAUUCAGUCAAUGUACACACCCUGGAUCGUCGCAAAGACACGUUUGUCGAACAAUUUCUGCAGCGUAGGACGGAAUACUGGAAAGCGAAUCCUCGGAAGCGGGAACUCGAAAACGAAGGCCAGCAGGUUUCGAAGAAAAGCACCAAGAAACAGCGAAAGAAAGCCGAAAAGGUGGAAGAAGGCCAAGUUCCCAUAACAGCAGCAAGCAGCAAGCGAUAUGCGCCAAAUGAAAACAUCCGCGUGGUCGAUUUCUUCCCCCCACGACUGGAAGACUUCUCCGUCCCCGAAGACUCCUCGGGUGAGGGUACCUCUCAAAGAGAUCCCGAUCGUUUCAUUAGAUGGGAAUGGCGCUUCUGUCUGCUCGUGGAGAGCGUCCCUCCUCCACCCGCAGGUCAAGCGAAAGAACAGAUGAGGUUGUUUGUAGCUGGCCCAAAUGCAGAGUAUCUAUUAGGGCUGACUGCAGUUGAUCUAAGACAAAACCAAACCGAUCUGAAAGAACUCCGAGAAAAGCUCUUCAUCUUAUGGGGAGACCUCGAGGAGCGCAAAAGAGCGGCCCUACACGAUGGCAAACAGGACCUCGGCCCAGUUUCAUGCAGGCCUUUCAAUUGCUGCAUUCAAGAGUAUGGUGUUCUUUGCAGACAUCGUUCUGAUACUGAGAACACCAACACUAAUAAUGAAGAUGAUGAGAAUGGCUGUAGCCAUGAUGACUGCUUUGGAUGGGAGAGGCGCUUUUCUAUGUUCCUUACUACUAUUUCCUAA